AUGUUAGCAUGGAAUAGUAUAACUCCUCCCUCAAAAUCAACAUAUUAUAGAAAUUUACAUAGAGUUGAAAAUGCAAUCUGUAGAAUGGCUGAAGAAAGUUGUAAACAUUACUGGGAUGCAAUGGAUCAUAAUACUAUCAUUGCUUUUGAUGGAAGCUGGUCACAACGACGCAACGCUUUUCAUUGUAUUACAGAUUUCAUAGAUACAAAAAAUAGAAAAAUUGUUUAUUUUUCCAUAAAAGAAAAAAAUAAUCAUAAACUUUUUGGGAAUUUUGCAGGAGCAUCAAACGGAAUGGAAGUUUCUGGUGUCAAAGAUUUUGUCAAAUAUGCAAAAUAUGAUAAAAGAAUAUCAGGUUUUUGCCAUGAUCGUGAUGCAAAAUCAUCCAAUGUAUUCGCAAAUUCUCAAUGGAAUAUUCCAGAAUAUAUCGAUAAGAAUCAUAUGACAAAGUCAUUCGAUAAAAUUUUCAAAGAAGUUAAUUCAAAAUAUCAACGCAAACUUUUUGGUUUACGCGCAAGGCUUAGGAAUUAUUUGAAUGUGUUAUACUAUUUGGAUGAAUCUGUUGAUGAGAAAAAGAAACAUUGGAUGAAUUCACUCAAUCAUUAUUGUGGAGAUCAUUCCGAAUGUCUGCAUAGUCGUGAAGAUAAUAAAUCAAAAAUCAAAUCAAAAAAGAAGAAAACUCGUGAAUUUGUUUGGGAUUAA